AUGACUUCUUUCCGCCGCCGCUCAGUUCGAUCCAACUCGAGCUCAGACACCUGUCGGAGCUCAACCAGUGAAUCCUCGAGCUCGGCUGCAUCACAGAACCAGUCUCUGUCAAAGCGGAAAGAAUCAAAGUCACGGUUUUUGUCCUCCUUCAAGGACUGGAUGUCCACAAGCGAGCCGUCAACGCAGGCUCUUAAGCAGCACAAGCUGGAUACAUAUAGAAAGGCCGGCGUCGCCCUGGACGACCCCCAGGCCAACGCCAAGCUGCACAUACCCCUCUGCCGCAUACCAGAGGAAGCCAUCAAACCGUGCGGCCGCGGUGUCGAGCCGGAGGAGGCCAUCGUGCGCCGCAUGGCGGAGAAGCGCAAGGCCCGGAACUCGUGUUCCGGAUCGCGCAGCUCGGGUUCCUACUCGUCGCAUUCGUCUCGUGGGAUAAGCAGCAAGGUGGCGCCCUUUGAUUUCGACCGGCCUGACCCGUUCGGUCCUUCGAGAUAG